AUGGCUCUUCUUGGCCACCAUUUGCUGGAACACAUCGACGGCGAUGCAGGAGGGCUGGUGCUUUGCGGACACAGCUAUGGCACAUCUGUGGCGUGGACGAUGGCCGAGGGGCUCUUGCGCAUGGGACUUGGUCCCCUGGUGAAGGGGCUGGUGGACCUCGACCCGCGCUGGUUCUUGGUCAGGGCAGCGGAGGUGCCCUGUGUUCCACGAGCUUUGGCGCACUCCUUGGGGCGGGUGCAUUUUCACUUGCCGCUCGAGCAAUUCACUUUUGUGGUUCCUACGGUACCCCUGGCGGAAUGA